GGAAGUUGACAAGGAAUGAAGGCACUGUCAGUGUCCAUGUGGACAACCUGUUUUCGACUAGCCCACAUGGGGCGCUCAUUCACCAUUGUCUUUCUCAUCCCGUUGCCAAUGACAGCAGUCAGCCGAGGACUUUGCAUUACUUGAUUCAGUGAAGCCAAAGCAGCAGCGUAGUCCUCUAGCCUUGACAUUGUUGGAGAUUGCCUAAAUUGGGAUAGCUGGUGUUGUGAUGACAAGUCACCUUGUUAUGAAAACCAUUUCCCUUGGCGCAGGUGGACACUUGUGGAAACAGUAGAGUGGAGCCGCGACACAAUGUACUCAGACUGGCGCUCGCUGCACCUAGUGGUGCAGAGUGACCAGGGCCACCUCAGUGUCCUGCACACGUACCCUGGAGGCGUGGGGUUGGAGGUGGCCAACGCUGUGGUCAAACCCCUGGGGACGGCCGCCAUCCCCGUGGCCACCGAGAACAUCCUCAAGACGGACAAAGAGGUGAAGUGGACCAUGGAGGUGCUGUGCUACGGCCUAACUCUUCCCCUGGAGGGGGACACGGUGAAGCUGUGUGUGGAUGUGUACACAGACUGGAUGAUGGCCCUGGUGACGCCCCGGGACUCCAUUCCACAGCCAGUGGUAAAGGAGCCCAACCUGUAUGUCCAGACCAUCCUCAAACACCUCUACAACGUCUUCCUACCCAGGCCGGAGCAGUACAGUCUGAGCCACAUCCGGCUGUGCCAGCAGGUGCUGACGGCAGUGCAGAAGCUGGCCAGGGAGUCCGUCUCCAUGGUGAGAGAGACCUGGGAGGUACUGCUGCUCUUCCUGCUCCGGAUCAACGACACGCUGCUGGCCCCGCCUACUAUCGGAGUGGGCGUGGCAGAGAAGCUGGCGGAGAAGCUAAUGGCGGUGCUUUUUGAGGUGUGGCUGCUGGCGUGCGCCCGCUGCUUUCCCACGCCGCCCUACUGGAAGACUGCUCGGGAGAUGCUGGCCAACUGGAGGCACCACCCGCCCGUGGUGGAGCAGUGGAGCAGGGUGGCCUGCGCCCUCACCUCCAGGCUGUUGCGGUUCACCCACGGCCCCUCGUUCCCCCCGUUUAAAGUCCCUGAUGAGGAUGCCAACCUGAUUCCAGUAGAGAUGGACAACGACUGUGUGGCCCAGACCUGGUUCCGUUUCCUCCACAUGCUGAGCAACCCCGUGGAUCUGAGCAACCCGACGUUGGUGAGCACCACGCCCAAGUUCCAGGAGCAGUUCCUCAACUCGAGCGGCAUUCCCCAUGAGGUGGUGCUACACCCCUGCCUCAAGCAGCUUCCCCAGAUCUUCUUCAGGGCUAUGCGGGGGGUCAGCUGCCUGGUGGACGCCUUCCUGGGCAUAUCACGGCCCAGGGUUGACAGUGCCCCGCCCACACCGGUCAACAGACUGAGCAUGUCCCCGCCCUCCUCCAACAACACCACGCCCCCACACAGCCGCAAGCAGCGGCACACCGUGGUCACCAAAACCGCCAGCAAGAGUUUAACUGGCAGUGCAGCCCAGCCGGCCAAAGUGUCCGUGUCCCAGCAGCUGUCGUCGUCACCCACCCUGCUGGCCAGCCCCACUCAGAGCAGCUGGGAGAUGCAGCCGCUGCCCGCCCCCGCCAGGCCCAAGGUCAACAGCAUCCUCAACCUCUUCGGUCAGUGGCUGUUUGACGCGGCGCUAGUGCACUGCAAGCUCCACAGCGGCCUCAGCCGAGACCCCAGCAUGACUGCCUCUUUUAUCCAAAUUCUCCUUUCUUAUAAAUCUUCCAUAGCCACUCAGGUGGGUCUGGAGCUGAGAAGGAAGGGAUCCCAGAUGUCCACCGACUCCAUGGUGUCCAACCCCAUGUUCGACACCAACGAGUUCCCAGAGAGCUACGAGGCGGGCCGUGCCGAGGCCUGCGGCACCCUCUGCCGCAUCUUCUGCAGCAAGAAGACUGGAGAGGACAUUCUCCCAGUCUACCUGUCCAGGUUCUACAUGGUUCUGAUCCAAGGCCUCCAGAUCUCUGACUUCAUCUGCAGGCCCGUGCUUUCCAGCAUCAUCCUCAACUCCUCCUCUCUGUUCUGCUCCGACCUGAAGGGCGUCAACGUGGUGGUCCCCUACUUCAUCUCAGCUCUGGAGACCAUUCUGCCAGACAGGGAACUGUCUAAGUUCAAGCUGUACGUGAACCCCACUGACCUGAGGAGAGCUUCUAUCCAUAUCCUACUGGCCAUGCUGCCUCUCCCACACCACUUUGGCAACAUCAAAUCCGAGGUUCUUCUGGAGGGGAAGUUCAGUGAUGAUGAUGGGGCAACCCACGACCAGUCCGUUUCCUUCCUGUCCCUGAGACUGCGCCUGGUCAACGUCCUCAUCGGAGCCCUGCAGACAGAGACAGACCCCAACAACACCCAGCUCAUCCUAGGUGCAAUGCUUAACAUUGUUCAAGACUCUGCACUGUUGGAGUCCAUAGGUGCACAAACUGAAACGGGCAGUGUGGAUGGGAGCCACGCAGGGCUGAGGGGCCACAGCCGCACCAGCAGUAGCAUCAGCUUUACUAGCGGGGGCAGCACUGGCACUGAGGCCACCAGCCCAGACUCAGAGCGCCCAGCUCAGGCGCUACUCCGGGACUACGAUACUGCGGCGGGCCUCCUGGUCCGCAGCAUACACCUGGUCACCCAGAGGCUCAACUCUCAGUGGAGGUCCGACAUGAGCAUCUCACUGGCCGCCCUGGAGCUGCUGGCGGGCCUGGCCAAGGUGAAGGCAUGUGUGGACUCUGCGGACCGUAAGCGUGCCGUCACCUCAGUGUGUAGUUACAUCGUGUACCAAUGCAGCCGGCCGGCCCCCCUUCACUCCAGAGACCUCCACUCCAUGAUCGUAGCGGCCUUCCAGUGUCUGUGUGUGUGGCUGACCGAGCACCCCGACAUGCUGGAUGAGAAGGACUGUCUGAUGGAGGUAUUGGAGAUCGUAGAGCUGGGUAUCUCAGGCAGCAAGUCCAAACAGGAGCAGGAGGUGAGACACAAGGGAGAGAAAGAGCACAACCCCGCCUCCAUGAGGGUCAAGGAUGCAGCGGAGGCCACCCUCUCCUGUAUUAUGCAGGUCCUGGGGGCCUUCCCCUCCCCAAGCGGCCCGGCCUCCACCUGCAGCCUGCUAAACGAGGACACUCUGAUCCGCUACGCCCGGCUCAGCGCCACGGGGCCCAGCAACUUCCGCUACUUUGUCCUGGACAACUCAGUCAUCCUGGCCAUGCUGGAGCAGCCAUUGGGCAAUGAACAGAACCCCAGCCCGUCAGUAACAGUCCUGAUCCGGGGCAUGGCCGGCCGACACGCUUGGACUAUGCAACUCUUCCACCAGCCCAGAGGAGCACGGGCCAACCAGAGGCAGGUGUUUGUCCCUGAGGGCCGCCCGGCCCCCAACAAUGAUGUGGGGAUUCGCUACAACAUCAAGCAGAGGCCCUUCCCUGAGGAGGUGGACAAGAUCCCCCUGGUCAAAGCCGACGUCAGCAUCCCAGACCUGGACGACAUCGUCAACAAGGAGCUGGAGAAGCAGCAUGAUAGGCUGCGCAGCAUGAUGACCAAGCAGAUUGAGUAUGAGUGUUCCCUGGAGCGCCACAGCGAGGAUGUCUGGAGUUCCAAGUCAUUCCCGGACCCCCUGACCGACUGCAAACCCCCUCCGCCCGCCCAGGAGUUCCAGACGGCCCGCCUCUUCCUCUCUCACUUCGGCUUCCUGUCUCUAGAGGCACUGAAGGAACCGGUCAACAGCCGUUUACCCCCUCAUCUCAUUGGACUGGAGUCCUCAAUGCCAGGGUUCUUCGAUGACAUCGCCUACCUGGACCUGUUGCCAUGCCGACCUUUUGACACAGUCUUUGUGUUCUACAUGAGGGCAGGACAGAAAACCAGCCACGAGAUCCUGAGGAACGUGGAGACAUCGUCCAGCGUCCAGCCCCACUUCCUGGAGUUCCUGCUGUCUCUGGGCUGGCCCGUGGAUGUGGGCCGGCACCCUGGCUGGACUGGACACAUGGACACCAGCUGGUCCCUUAACUCCUGCGACAACGACUCACAACAGACAGAGGAGGCAGCUACACCAGAGGACACAGGUGGUUCUGUAUUCAACGGGGAGAAAAAGGUGCUGUACUAUGCCGAUGCUCUGACUGAGAUCGCCUUUGUCGUUCCAUCGCUGACAGACUCCUCAGAGGAUUCCUCGGUGCACAGUGACUCUACAGUGGAGGCGGACACACACACAGACCUCCUGCCUAGUUUACUGAAACAACCCAAUCUAACACUGGAGCUCUUCCCCAACCACUCAGACAACCUAACAGCUUCCCAAAGGCAGAGUUCUAUGGUGAAGACCAAGAGGUCCUCCACAGGAAAGACUGCCCCUCCCCUAGGGCCUGAGACCAAGGUGCUGGUGGUCUGGGUGGAGCGCUACGAUGACAUCGAGAACUUCCCUUUGUCUGAUCUCUUGGCGGAAACUGGCACGGGUUUGGAGGCGAACAACAGCACUUCCUGCAGGUCUGGGCUCCUGGAGAAGGACAUGCCCCUGAUCUUCAUCCACCCCCUAAGGACUGGUCUGUUCCGGGUCAGGCUCCACGGGGCCAUGGGCAAGUUCAACAUGGUCAUCCCCCUGGUGGACGGCAUGGUGGUCAGCCGCAGAGCACUAGGGUUCCUGGUGCGCCAGACGGUCAUCAACGUGUGCCGGCGGAAGCGACUGGAGAGCGAGACGUACAGCCCGCCGCACGUGCGGCGCAAGCAGAAGAUUGCAGACGUCGUGCACCGCUACCGCAACAAGCAGCUGGAGCCCGAGUUCUACACCUCUCUCUUCCAAGACGUGGGGGAGGGGAGGCCUAUUCACCUUUGACCCCCCCUCCCCCCUCCCCCCUCCCACCCUUUGAAAAACACUGACACACACACAUAGACACACACACACACACAUCCCAGAUUCUCUAUAUUUAUACAGUUCUAUUUUGUUAUUUAUAUCAAACACUUUGCUGCCGUUGACGUCGAGAGCAUUGUCAAAAAAUAGUUACCCGGUGCAAGCAGUACAUUUGUAGUACGAACACAUCUGAGCCUGUCUUUUGGUGGCUACUAAGCCCCAGUUAAGCUCUGGACACUUGGCAUUGAAAAGUUACUGCACAUCCUUAUCAGUCUACUCUAUGCUUUGUGGCACCAGUUUCUGACGCUCUAUAAUUGCAAUAGGAUAGUCUACUUGUUGGUCUUUUUUAAAUAUUGUGAUGAAGAGUGAACAACGUUAUUGGCCUUUUAAUCCUCCAUUUUAGAGUUUCUGUUUUUAAUGAAGAUGUAGCAUAAAUGUUGAUGGACCAGACUCAUAAUAUAGGUUUACUUGAUCAUUUGACGUAUAUCAUAUCGACACAGCUAGGGAGAGGAAGGAGAGACGCUGGAAUUUGGAUGCAAUUUUUUUUGUCGAUACCGUGCGGGUGGUUGUGGUGAGAGAUUUGGUGAACUGCAGUUGGAUCAAGACAUUUUACACGAUGGAUCCAUAUAUUACUUUGAAAGUGUUUACGUCUUAUCUAAUAACAACUGGUUUUAAAAAGUAUUGUCCCCUCAUGUAUCUGUCCAAAGUCUUCCAUGUCAUUGAGAAAAUGGAGUUGAACAUUGCAGCAAUAUUAGGCAUUGGUCAGCUUAGUUACUGAGUUUCAAAACCAUGGAAAAAUAUCAGACAUUUAAAGGGAUACUUCACCCCUGUUUCAUACCACUUUUAUGGUGUGGUGGUGAACUAUCCCUUUAAUGUAGGUCAGCCGCUAACUGAGAGAUUGCAUAGACACUGUUCUUAGAAUGAAGUAAACCAGUAUUAUUUUUUCCAACGCGGAACCAUUUUGACUCAUAUCGUACCAGUCAAAAGUUUGGACACACCUACUCAUUCCAGGGGUUUUCUUUGUACUAUCUUCUACAUUGUAGAAUA